CUCUAUAUCCUAUCUUAAGGGUCUAGAGUGGAGGAUUGACGGGAAGAACUGUACACGUCACGUGACCACGGAGCCCAUGCCUCAGCCGUGUUUCCUAGAUGGUGCGGAUUUCUUCGGCUACCACAAGAUGGCUGAAAUGCCAGUAGAAGUAUGGUUCAAAGAUGACGGUAAAGGUCACACAUCACGGACUACCAUGUCACGUGAUCCAUGUGUGUUGGUCACCGAGACGACAAGAUCCAUGGGGCCUGGUUUAGAUUACGUCCUAUCCUUUGGGAUCUAUGAGAAUGUCACCACAGGGUAUGUCGAGCCGGGUAGUUUCGAGGUUCCUUCGUUCUGUCCCCGUGCAGGACAGGUAAUUUUGGAGCAUCCGAAACAGACACCAACGUGGCCCUGGUAUCUCCCUGCCGCCUACAUCUUACCAUAGAAUACGUCAUGUCCGGUCGACAGUGGAAAUGACGUCAUUGAUAUGAUUACUGCUCUGUGUGUUAUUAUUGUUGUUAUGUUAUUUGGACUAAUUAAACAGGAUAAAGAAACAAAAA